AUGUCGUUGAUCGUGAAAUUUGAAAAUCAGUUUCAUGAAACUGGUGUUACGGACGUGUUUACUGAGCCGGUGGACAUCAUACCGUGGAAGUUUUUUCUUUUACAUCUGUUUAGUGUUCAACUGGAUUCCAUAUUUGAUGAAUAUUUGUGUGCCAGGAUUAACGUCAGAGAUCUAAAUUUAAUGGUAAUUUACAGAAGUCCUAAUUCAAGUAAUGAUAAUAAUGACAAUCUCAUUGGUGUCUUGAAUGAGUUUGGUGAUUUGUCUGGUAGACAUCUUGUUUUGGGUUAUUUUAAUUUUCCAGAUAUAGAUUGGAAGCUGAGAGUUUGUGCAGGUUCUGACUACAAGAUUGAAAAUAGAUUUUUGCAGCUUAUUGAUGAUAGGUUUUGGCUGCAGCAUGUCAACAAACCAACAAGAUAUGGAACUAACAGUUGUCCUCAUGUAUUGGAUUUAAUUAUCACGUCUGAAGAUUGCGUAUCAGAUUUGCAGUAUUCAUCUCCUCUGGGCAGAAAGCCAAAAAAAAUGAUGUCAAACAGUCAGUCAAUCACAAAUAUGUCACAGGCAGCUUCAUCGGCUCCACCUGGACAAACACCCAAUCAAAGUUCUUCCAUUGCAAUAAAUUUUGAAUCACCUUCUAAAAAGUUAACACCUGUCGCUAUGUGCAAAUAUGGUCAAGAACUUGUUCAAGAGAUUAUGCAUAAAAGCUAUGAUAUUUUUGGACAAUUAAAGUCUAUUCAACUGGUUCCAAAUGAAAGAAAAAGUCGAUUGGAAGACAGUCUUCACAAAAUAGAGAUCGCUUUUCAAAGACUACAUUAUGUCUAUGAUUCUGUAUGUAAUAUGACAAAAUAUUUGGAACAUAAGCCCAUUGAGAGUUAUUUGCCGAUGAAAGACAAGUGCCAGGAUUUCACAACACAAAAUAUAAGGUCGGAUGAAGAAUCGAAGCUAACAGAGCAAAUUCAAGCGAAGAAUAUUGAACUGAAAGAGCUCAUCGAUCUUAUGAGGACAAUUUUAUGGGAUAUUGACACAAUGAUGGCCCUCCGAAAAACGUGA